GAGCAGAGCGGAGCUGUCAAAGCGAGCAAGGGUGGCGCGGAGAGUGGAAGAGCUGCGCAGCUUCAACUCCCCGGCUCCAGCUCCCUACUGCUGGAGUCCAAGACCCGGAGGCAGCCAUGAACAGCGAGGAGCAGUACUACGCAGCUACGCAGCUUUACAAGGACCCAUGCGCGUUCCAGCGGGGCCCCGCGCCAGAGUUCAGCGCCAGUCCCCCUGCGUGCCUGUACAUGGGCCGCCAGCCCCCGCCGCCGCCGCCCCCGUUCCCGGGGACCCUGGGCGCUCUGGAGCAGGGCAGCCCUCCCGACAUCUCCCCAUACGAGGUGCCUCCCCUCGCCGACGACUCCGCAGUGGCGCACCUCCACCACCUCCCAGCUCAGCUCACGCUCCCCCACCAGCCUGCCGGGCCCUUCCCGGAUGGAGCUGAGCCGGGGGCCCUGGAGGAGCCCAGCCGCGUCCAGCUGCCUUUCCCGUGGAUGAAGUCCACCAAGGCUCACGCGUGGAAAGGCCAGUGGGCAGGCGGAGCCUAUGUUGCAGAGCCAGAAGAAAACAAACGGACACGUACUGCCUACACGCGUGCACAGCUGCUGGAGCUGGAGAAGGAGUUCCUAUUCAAUAAAUACAUCUCGAGGCCCCGCAGGGUGGAGCUGGCCGUCAUGCUGAACUUGACCGAGAGACACAUCAAGAUCUGGUUCCAAAACCGCCGCAUGAAAUGGAAAAAGGAGGAGGACAAGAAGCGCAGCUGCGGGCCAGUGGCUGGGGGUGGCACGGAUGCUGACCCGGAGCAGGACUGUGCAGUGACCUCCGGUGAGGAGCUGCUGGCGCUGCCGCCGUCGCUGCCCCCGGGUGGUGCUGUGCCGCCCGCUGUCCCCGCCGCCACCCCCACCCGAGAAGGACGCCUGCCGCCUGGCCUUAGCACAUCACCACAGCCCUCCAGUGUCGCGCCCCUGCGACCUCAGGAACCCCGAUGAGAGAUGGGGGCUCCUCCUGGCCAGGCGGCUUCAACCACUGGGAAAGAGGGGGAGCAGUGGUCGGACCCUGGGUGUGGACAACCAGCCCUGGCCCCCUGGCUGUUCAAGGAGCCAGGAACUGCCUUGGCCAACCCGCACGGAAGGGGAGAACUCGAGUUCUCAGGCGCCUGUGCCAAUUGGGGCGCCUUGGGGAGACACUGGCAGACCUUCUGGAAGGAGAAGAAAGGUUUUCUGUAAUAUCUGGGGCCUCUUCCGGUGAUAUUGUUGGACUGGCGACAUCUGCUGCUGCUGUGCAUGUCCUAGCACUCCAGAACCAUGGACCUCUUUAGAGAAGCCAGCUCUUCAAAAGACCACAGAAACUACAAGCUGGAAUGCUCCCCAACAUACUGCAGGCGAGCUAGAUGGAGGGCCUUAAUCUGUCCUGAAACAGAGCCAAUUUUACUCAGACUUCCGCCUUAAAGCUUAGAAAUAAUUGAAAGGAAACUUCUAAGGUUUCAAAGACCUAGUGAAAUUGAUGGCCAUGAAAUAGAGUAAUUCCUCCUCCACUUCCUCCUCCCUUUGUCUUCCUUUUCCUUUUUUAAAAUUCUUUUUAGCGUAGCCUCAUACUUCACCAGCUCACCUCCUUCUGUCUGCAUCUCUUUCCUCCAAAGAAGAGAACAUCUUGCGAGGGUGGCUGGGGCAACAGCAGAGCUGGAAUAUAAAGGCCUUGUCAGAGUCCCUGUAAAUCCAGAGGGCACUUAGGAGAUGAGUCUAGAGCAAGGGAUUUGGGGGGAAAAGAUACCCCACACACACGCAGCCAUCACUAAACUGAAGCUAUUUGGAGCUUUCUUUUUAGGAUGUGGAUUUAGUUGCUAGUCUCAGGACAGGACAGGCUGUAUGAAAGGCAAGCAGCAUGGCCUGACCCACCUUGGGAACUACUCACAGAAACGGUAUGAUUCCUACACCUUUAGAAAUGGUGAACAUGUAUGUGGUUGGAGAGUUUGAAAGCUGGUUAUUUUUAUUUAAAGUUGUAACUAGGUCUGUAGUUUCCACGUCAGUUGUUUGUUUCAGGGUCCGGGCCUUGUGUUCAGCUGGUGUUUGUGGAAAACAAUUAAUAAAUGUGGAUGACAUGGAAAAGA